AGUGUGAGGCCAUCGACGCAGUUUGAAACCAUCUGGUCCUACUCGUUUUUCUGUUCUGCACUUUAGUAAUGUUUUUCUGUUUAUUUCCCGGGAAAUUUUUACUGAAUACUUUCCUCAUAGUUUAUUGCAUUCAAAUUUCAAAGCUUAUCUUUGAUUUUCUGAAAAGCAAAACGAUACCCACAUGUUGUUUCCGGCUUCCAUUUCUAGUCCUAAUUUUCCUCGCUAUACCCAGAUAAGAAAUGGUUCAGUCGAAGUCCAAUUUGACCAAAAUUUUGCUAAUUUUGAGGGAAAAAUGAAAUCCGUACUUUCAUUUUUUAGUGGGGUAUGAAUUAUUGAAUUUGCAGAUUAAGGUUUUGAACCUUCAUAAUCCCCCCUCAUGUAAUUUUCAUUAAUGCAGGAACACUCUCUUGAGAAAAAGGGUGAAUUUGUGUUUCUGUUUUACCCCAUUGAGUGAGGAAUAAUUUUUUGGCUUUCCCUCAAAAGAACGGUGCAAGUUGUGUCAUUGAGCACUCUGGCAACCUGUGGAAAGAGCAGGUUAUGUGGAUCCUCACCAUCUUGGAUGGCACCCUUUGAGCCAUUCAAGAGAUCCCAAAUUACCUCUUCCACUGGCAGAAACUUGGUUUGGAACAAUUCUGUUCAGAGCUUGUUCUUAACAAGGCACAGUGGUUUCAGGGCUGAAGCAGCAUGGAUGUUUAGAGGGGGAGAACAAGGGUUGGAUGUGAGUUCGGAGCACAGCGAGAGUGCUAAUGAGGAUAUCUUGAUGUUCUUCUUCUUUCAGUUGGACUUGGCCACAAGAGUACAGUAUGCUUUAAAUAUGGAGCAGUAUGACAUUGCAAAGCAGCUGAGGAACAAACUUGCUGAGGUUGAAGAAGAGGUAAUCAAGCAACAACAGUCAAAAAGGGGAUUGUCUUCAAAAAGUGAAGCACAAGAUAAAGCUAUAAACCUCCAGAAUGCUAUUGAGAAUGAGCAUUAUGCCUUGGCUGCUGAAUUACGUGAUGAAAUUUCCAAACUUGAAGCAGAGUCUCUAGCUGCAUCGGCUAAAGCUUUGGCUCAUGAAAAUGCACAAUAUGCAUUCCGCUUGGGGCAGAAAGUGAGACAUAAAAAAUUUGGCUAUAAAGCUGUCAUCUGUGGAAUGGAUCCAGUAUGCAGUGAAUCAAGUUCAUGGAUGGAAAAUGCACAAGUUAAAAAAUUGUCUCGUGGUUCCGCUCAACCAUUUUAUCAGGUUCUUGUUGAUGUACAUGCUGAACCAAAUCUAUUGGUGGCAUAUGUUCCAGAGGAGAAUCUUUUAACACCUGAUAAACCAGACAUGUUGAAUAGAUUAGAUCUAUACUUGAAAGACAUACACUAUGCUAUUAUUUCUAUCAUUGAAUUUGCGCUUUUACUGGUGCCCAGGGAAGAUUCGAUCAUCCCUACAUCUCUUUUCUAUUCUAUGGAAUGGAUUCAGCAGGAGAUUUCAUCCCAAUUAAGCAACUAAGGGAGAAGUACAAUAAACCAAGGCAUGAAAUACCCAUUGACCCACCAAAUGAUGAAUGAAGACGGAGGCAAAGCUUAAAUUACCAGUGAGACUAUAUACUGUUCAAUUUGGUUGGGGAUUGAGAGGUUGAAAGUCUUCUGACGAUAUAUUUGAUGAAUCAGUUGAUCGGCUUUGCAGGAAAACUUAAAGACAAGAAAACAUUCCUUGUGUUGCAUGCGCAAUGAUGAUUGCCUUCUUGUGUGAUCACUCGCAUAUUCACAUGUUAUAGUCUGUUGUAUGAGUUUUCAUAUUCCAUGCCUUUAUCAUUGUCGUGAAGAUACUGAUUACCCACCUAACCCUACCUCAUAUACAUGUAAUAUAGUGUUGUUCAGAAAAAAAUUAGCUCCUGAAAUGGGAGAAUUUGUCUUUAUAAUCGAGCAUAUUUUACUAUAAUCCCAGCCUUUCAAAGUUGUGAUGAUGAU